AUGGUGUACGAGGCAAAACCUUUUGAUCCAAUUACAGUCAAACCAAGUGAUAAAAGGAGAGUUGCAUACUUUUAUGAUGCAGAUGUUGGUAACUAUGCUUAUGGCGCAGGUCACCCAAUGAAACCACACAGAAUAAGAAUGACACAUUCUCUAAUUAUGAAUUAUGGUUUGUACAAAAAGAUGGAAAUUUAUAGGGCGAAGCCUGCUACCAAGCAAGAAAUGUGUCAAUUUCAUACAGAUGAAUAUAUCGACUUUCUAUCAAGAGUCACUCCAGACAAUUUAAAUAUGUUUCAAAAGGAAAGUGUUAAGUUUAAUGUAGGUGAUGAUUGUCCAGUUUUUGAUGGUUUGUAUGAAUAUUGCAGUAUAUCCGGCGGUGGUUCAAUGGAAGGCGCAGCAAGAUUAAACAGAGGCAAAUGUGAUGUGGCUAUUAAUUAUGCUGGUGGUUUACAUCAUGCCAAAAAAUCAGAGGCUUCUGGGUUCUGUUAUCUAAACGAUAUAGUUUUAGGCAUUAUCGAAUUGUUAAGAUAUCAUCCAAGAGUGUUAUACAUUGAUAUAGAUGUUCAUCAUGGCGAUGGUGUUGAAGAGGCCUUCUAUACCACUGACAGAGUUAUGACCUGUUCUUUCCACAAGUAUGGUGAGUUUUUCCCCGGUACCGGUGAAUUAAGAGACACUGGUGUCGGCAAGGGAAAGUAUUACGCGGUCAAUGUCCCAUUAAGGGAUGGUAUUGAUGAUGCAACAUAUAAAUCUGUGUUCGAACCAGUUAUUGGAAAAAUUAUGGAAUGGUACCAACCGUCAGCUGUGGUUUUGCAAUGUGGUGGUGAUUCUUUGUCGGGAGAUCGGUUAGGUUGUUUCAAUUUGUCUAUGAAGGGCCAUGCCAAUUGUGUAAAUUAUGUAAAGUCAUUUGGUAUUCCAAUGAUGGUUGUUGGUGGAGGUGGAUAUACAAUGAGAAAUGUUGCUAGAACUUGGUCCUUCGAAACUGGAUUAUUAAACAAUGUUAUAUUAGACGAAGAAUUGCCUUAUAACGAUUAUUUUGAAUAUUAUGGCCCUGAUUACAAAUUAGAUGUAAGGCCUUCAAAUAUGUUCAAUGCUAACUCUGCAGAAUAUUUAGAUAGAAUAUUGACUUCUAUUUUUAGCAGUUUGGAACACACUAAAUAUGCACCCAGUGUUCAAUUAAACCAGCCACCUAGAGACCCAGAGGAUUUGGGAGAUACUCAAGAAGAUUCGUCUGAAGCAAAGGAUACAAAAGGUGGUUCGCAAUAUGCAAGGGAUCAAUUGAUAGAACCUGACAAUGAGCUUUUAUAA